GUGAAUGAUUUAGGAGGAAACUUUAAAGGAGAUGGUAAAAGCCCCUUAGCUGCUGAUAAAGUUGUUGAAGAAAUCAGGCGUAAAGGCGGAAAAGCAGUGGCCAACUAUGAUUCUGUGGAAGCAGGAGAGAAGAUUGUAAAGACAGCAUUGGAUGCUUUUGGAAGAAUAGAUGUUGUGGUCAACAAUGCUGGGAUUCUGAGGGACCGUUCUUUUGCUAGGACAAGUGAUGAAGACUGGGAUCUAAUCCAUAGAGUUCAUUUGCGGGGCUCAUUUCAAGUGACCCGGGCAGCAUGGGAUCACAUGAAGAAACAGAAUUAUGGAAGAAUCGUUAUGACAUCAUCAGCUUCAGGAAUAUAUGGCAACUUUGGCCAGGCAAAUUAUAGUGCUGCAAAGCUGGGUCUUCUGGGCCUAUCAAAUACUCUUGCAAUUGAAGGCAGAAAAAGCAACAUUCAUUGCAACACUAUUGCCCCUACUGCUGGAUCACGAAUGACUAAGACUGUUUUGCCAGAAGAUGUUCUAGAAGCUCUGAAGCCAGAUUAUGUGGCACCCUUGGUCCUUUGGCUUUGCCACGAGAGUUGUGAGGAAAAUGGUGGCUUGUUUGAGGUGGGAGCAGGAUGGAUUGGAAAAUUGCGCUGGGAGCGGACCCUGGGAGCUAUUGUCAGGCAGAAGAAUCAGCCAAUGACUCCUGAGGCAGUAAAGGCUAACUGGGGGAAGAUCUGUGACUUUGAUAAUGCCAGCAGGCCUCAGAGUAUACAAGAAUCAACUGGGGGUAUACUUGAAGUUCUAAAUCAAGUAGAUUCAGGAGGAGUUUCAGCAAAUUAUACCAGUCAUGCAGCAUCACCAGCCACAUCAGGAUUUGCUGGAGCUAUUGGUCAUCAACUUCGUCCAUUUUCUUCUGCUUAUACUGAACUGGAAGCUAUUAUGUAUGCCCUUGGAGUGGGUGCAUCAGCCAAGGAACCAAAAGAUAUGAGAUUUAUUUAUGAAGGAAGCUCUGAUUUCACCUGCUUGCCUACCUUUGCAGUUAUCAUAGCUCAAAAAUCUGUAAUGGGUGGAGAAUUAGCAGAGAUCCCUGGACUUCCAAUCAACUUGGCAAAACUUCUUCAUGGGGAGCAGUACUUGGAGUUAUAUAAGCCACUUCCUAGAUCAGGAACUUUCAGAUGUGAAGCAAGAGUUGCUGACGUCCUAGAUAAAGGAUCCGGCUUAGUAAUUCUUUUGGAUGUCUAUUCAUAUUCAGGGAAAGAACUUAUAUGCUUUAACCAGUUCUCCCUCUUCAUUGUUGGCUCUGGAGGGUUUGGUGGAAAACGAAAAUCAGACAAAGCCAAGGAAGCUGUAGCCAUACCUAAUAGACCUCCUGAUGCUAUACUUAGAGAUACCACUUCACUGAAUCAGGCUGCUUUGUAUCGCCUCAGUGGAGACUGGAAUCCCUUACACAUUGAUCCUAAUUUUGCUGUCCUAGCAGGUGAGUUGCUAAUAAAUGCAUUGUUGUCAGUUCGUUUUGCAAAACCAGUAUAUCCAGGUCAAACUCUACAAACUGAGAUGUGGAAGGAAGGAAAUAGAAUCCAUUUUCAAACUAAGAUUCAAGAAACUGGAGAUAUUGUCAUUUCAAAUGCGUAUGUAGAUCUUGUGUCAACAUCUGAUAUUGCUGUUAAGACACCCUCUAAGGGCGGGGAGCUUCAGAGUACCCUUGUGUUUGAGGAAAUUGGUCGCCGCCUUAAUGAUGUUAAGCCUGAGGUGGCAAAGAAAGUGAAUGCUGUAUUUGAGUGGCAUAUCACUACAGGUGGAAAUGUUGCUGCUAAAUGGACUAUCGACCUAAAAAGUGGUUCUGGACAAGUGUAUAAAGGCCCUGCAAAAGGCUCUGCUGAUACAACCUUCAUAAUUUCAGAUGAAGAUUUCAUGCAAGUGGUCUUGGGCAAGCUUGACCCUCAGAAGGCAUUCUUCAGUGGCCGACUGAAGGCAAAAGGGAACAUCAUGCUGAGCCAGAAGCUUCAGAUGAUUUUUAAAGACUAUGCCAAGCUUUGA